AUGGAGGCGGCGGAGAAGGAGUGCGGGGCGCUGGGCGGCCUCUUCCAGGCCAUCGUCAACGACAUGAAGAGCUCCUACCCAGUCUGGGAAGAUUUCAACUCGAAAGCCACAAAGCUCCACUCCCAGCUGCGGACCACCAUAUUGGCUGCAGUGGCUUUCCUGGAGGCCUUCCAGAGAGUGGCAGACAUGGCCACCAACACCAGAGGAGCCACAAGGGAUAUCGGGUCGGCACUGACCCGGAUGUGCAUGCGCCACCGCAGCAUCGAGACCAAGCUGAGGCACUUCACCAACGCCCUCAUGGAGAGCCUGAUCAACCCCCUGCAGGAGAGGAUAGAGGACUGGAAGAAGACCGCCAACCAGCUCGACAAGGACCACGCGAAAGAGUACAAACGAGCCCGUCAUGAGAUAAAGAAGAAGUCUUCUGACACACUGAAACUUCAGAAGAAAGCACGCAAAGAGCUACUUGGCAAGGGGGACCUGCAGCCUCAGCUGGACAAUGCCCUGCAGGAUGUGAACGACCUGUAUCUCCUCCUGGAGGAGACAGAGAAGCAGGCGGUCCGCAAGGCCCUGGUGGAGGAACGGGGACGGUUCUGCACCUUCAUCGCAUAUCUGCAGCCGGUGGUGAAUGGAGAGAUCACCAUGCUGGGAGAGAUCACCCACCUUCAGGGCAUCAUUGAUGACCUAGUGGUGCUGACAGCAGAUCCACAUAAACUGCCAACAGCCAGUGAGCAGGUGAUCAAAGAUCUGAAGGGCUCUGAUUACAGCUGGUCUUACCAAACCCCUCCAUCUUCCCCUGGCAGCUCAGGGUCCCGCAAAUCCAGCUUGUGCAGGUAUGUUUGGGGGUACAAUGCCAGCAUGAGCAGGGCAUCAGGGCAUGUGCCCAGCAUCUCACCUGGUUUCACAUUUUACUCCCAUAGUGUGGCACAACCGGUAAAUGCCAACACCCGCCUGUCCAGUGUCUCGUCACACGACUCGGGCUUCAUCUCGCAGGAUGCCGUGUUCUCCAAGCCUCCCUCGCCAAUGCCCUUGGACAUCACCAGCCAGAAGUCCUCCAGCUCUGCAUCGUCCGAAGCCUCUGAAACAUGCCAAUCUGUUAGUGAAUGCAACUCCCCAACCUCGGAUUGGUCCAAGCUCCCCCUCUACGAGCAGCCGGGGGCAAAUCUUCUGCCACGCAGAAAGGAUCGGGUGGAGCUUCUCCGGGAGGCAGAACCAGGCUUGCCCCCCCUGAUUUAUCCGGGGCUCAGCUUGGAGGAUGGUCCUCGACCUCGCCUGUCCCCAGCCUCCAUUGCUGCCAAGCACGGGGAGGAAGUGUCUCCAGCAGCCAGUGAGCUGGCCAUGGUGCUGACCCACGGCCUGAGCCUGGAGCACCAGAAGAGCAGCCGGGAUAGCCUGCAGUUCUCCAGUGGCUACAGCACCCAGACCACCACUCCAUCCUGCUCAGAGGAUGCCAUUCCCUCUCAAGGUUCAGAGUACGACUGCUAUUCUGUGAAUGGGGAUAUGGAGGGAGACAACCAGAAUGAAUUAGACAAAUCCUCAACCAUCCCUCGCAACAGCAAUAUUGCUCAGAAUUAUCGCCGGAUGAUCCAGACUAAGCGACCAGCUUCAACAGCCGGCCUGCCCACUGGCACUGCCUUGCCAACUGGGACCACGCCAGGCGUGGCUACCAUCCGUCGCACACCUUCCACCAAGCCCACGGUUCGCCGAACUGUCUCCAGUGCUGGUCCGAUUCCCAUCAGGCCCCCCAUUGUCCCUGUCAAGACCCCCACUGUGCCUGACUCGCCCAGUCACGCCGGCCCCCUCCGGAUGGGCAGCGAAGAAUGUGUCUUCUAUGCCGAUGAUGCCUGCUCGGUGCACAGCCUCACCAAAGUCUCCCCCAAGAGGCUGAGCCUGCCCAAUGCCAGCUGGGGCAGCAACACCCUGGAAAUCUCAGUGUACACCGGGGCCGGGAAGCCUUCCACAGAAGAGGAACAGCAGCUGGCCGCCAACCGCCACAGCCUGGUGGAAAAGAUUGGCGAGCUGGUGGCCAGCGCUCAUGCCCUGGGAGAUGGCCAGUUCCCUUUCCCCACAGUGUGCUCAGACCCUGGUCCUGAGGAGCAGACCCCCAACCUUCCUCUGGCUGCUUCCAGCGAGCCCCCCACUGAAGACAUGUUGGUGGCCAUCCGCCGUGGUGUGCGUCUUCGUCGAACCAUCACCAAUGAUAGGUCAGCGCCACGGUUUUUGUGA